AUGCCCAUUGAGGCGCCCGCCCUCGUGGCCGUCACCGGCGCCAACGGCUUCAUUGCGCAGCACUGUAUCGCCGCGCUCCUCGAAAAGGGCUACCGCGUAGUCGGCACCGUCCGAUCCCACGCCAAGGUCGACGCCGUGCGGCAGGCCCACGCCGGCGGCGGCGCCGGCGCCGGCGCGCAGCACCCCAAGCUCUCCGUCGUCGUCGUCGCCGACAUCACCGACCCGGACCAGUACCGCGCCGCGCUCGAGCCGCUCUCCCCCGCCGCCGUCCUGCACCUCGCAUCGCCCUUUCACUACCGCGCCACCGAUUUCGAGCGCGAGCUCAUGGUGCCCGCCGUGCGCGGCGCCACCGCCCUCCUCGAGGCCUGCGCCGCCAUGCGCUCCGUCAAGCGCGUCGUCCACACCAACAGCUUUGCCUGCAUCUACGACGCCGCCGCCGGGUUGCAGCCCGCCAAGACGUACACGGCUCGCGAUUGGAGUCCGCUGACGUACGCGGAUGGCGUGGACGCCGCCGACGCCGCCACCGCGUAUCGCGCGUGCAAGACGGCCGCGGAGCGCGCCGCCUGGCGCUUCGUCGCGGCAAACGACAAGAAGAGCCGCGCCGCUGCUGUCGGGUUUGACCUGGUCAGCUUGUGUCCGGCCAUGGUCUUUGGCCCGUUUCUGCCCAAAGCCAAGCCCCGCAGCAUCGCCGACGUAAACACGAGCAACCUCCUCGUCUGGGCUGUUGCCGGCGCCGACGCCGGCGCCGGCGCCGUGCUGCCGCCGACAAAGGGCCCCGUCUGGGUCGACGUGCGCGACGUGGCCGACGCGCACGUCCGCGCGCUGGCGGUGCCCGAGGCCGGCGGCCGCAGGUUCCUCCUCGCGCAGGGCGUCUACUGCAACCAGGAGCUCGCCGACGUGGCGAGAAAGGUCCUGCCGCCCGCAUAUCAGGCCAGGAUCCCGCUGGGGAAGCCGGGCGUGCGCGAGGCGCAUACGCAUUUCGGUGUCGACGCGACAGAGACGGAGCGGGUGCUGGGCGUGUCGUGGCGAGGGCUGGAGGAUUGCUUACGGGAUUUGGUGCCGCAGCUCUAUGAGAUUGAGGCUCAGCAGAACAAGGGGUAA